AUGGAUAACUUUAUCAUAGCUUAUGAAAUCAGUCAUUAUUUCAAGAGGAAGCGGCAUGGAAGAGUUGGUACAAUGACUUUAAAAGUUGACAUGAGCAAAGCAUAUGAUAAAGUCGAAUGGUUGUUUGUUGAGAGUAUGAUGAAGAAGAUGGGUUUGGACUCAAAAUGGAUCAGAAUUAUGAUGUUAUGCAUAGCUUCUGUUCGUUAUAUCAAGAUUGGCGAUUUUCAGCUUGACAACCCGCUUGUUCCUGGAAGGGGUCUUCGCCAAGGGGAUCCUUUGUCCCCGUAUCUUUUUCUUAUUUGCGCCGAGGGUGUGAGUUCGAGAUUGAAUGGGUUAGAGGCAGCUGGAAAAAUUUAUGGGUGUGCGGUUAGUAGACUGGCUCUGAGAAUAAAUCAUCUUUUUUUCGCGGAUGAUUGUUACCUAUUUUUCCGAGCUGUGAAGGAGGAAGCUACUAUCAUCAGGAAUACUCUUCUAGAGUAUGGGUCUGUUUCGGGUCAGGUUGUUAAAUUUAACAAAUGCAAUAUCCGGUAUAGUUUCAAUACCGAUCAUAGAAUGAGGGCGAAGAUUAACAAUCUAAUGUGCAUUAACAAAGUGGAUAACCAAGGAUUAUAUUUGGGCCUGCCUUCAUUAAUUGGUAGAAAUAAGCGGGAUGUUUUCCGUUUCAUUAAAGAUAGGGUGUGGCAAAAGUUGCAAGGGUGGAGAAGUAAGAUGCUUUCCUCUGGUGGUAAUGAGAUCCUUCUCAAAUCGGCCGCACAAGCUAUGCCUAACCAUGUAAUGUCCGUCUUCUUAAUUCAUGUAGAUCUGUGCGCUGAGCUCCAAAGAAUGAUGAAUUCUUAUUGGUGGAGUAGAGAUUCAUCGAGCAAGAAAGGUACUUCGUGGUCUAGCUUGAAUAAUUUAUGUACACCGAAGGGUUUAGGAGGUAUGGGCUUCAAAAAUUUACAUGAAUUCAAUGUUGCUAUGCUUGGCCGUCAAUCUUGGAGGUUAUUACAGAACAAAGAGUCGUUGUGUUUUAAAGUGUUAUCGACAAAGUACUUUCCUUCCGGCAAUUUCUUCGAUGCUACUUUGGGCAAUAAUCCGAGUUUCACAUGGCGAAGUAUUUUUGCAACUCAGGAGCUGAUGAGAAGUGGAGUGAGGAGAGGGAUAGGACCUGGAUCGCAAACUAGGGUAUGGUAUGAUCCCUGGCUUGCUAAUGGAAAUAAUAGGUUCAUAGAGAAAACGGCUCUGGAAGGGUUAAGUAACACAACGCGAAGAGGGGAGGAUUAUUGGACCCGAGUGCAUGAAAAAAGAGGGAAUUAUUCAGUUAAAACCGGCUACUGGGCUCUGUAUGGGGAAGUUACAGGUCUUGUGCAUGAAACGCCUCCACGUCCAGUUGGCAGCAAAGUUUUCAACUUAAGGCAUGAAUCAGUGGAGCAUGUAUUGUAUCACUGCCAUGUUGCUAGGGGUUGCUGGAGGAGAUUGGGAGUUCAGGUGCCCGGUGAUGAUAACACGAAUGCCCAUGAGUGGUUGCUCCAAACUUUUAACUGCAAAAGCGUUGAUGAGAGGAACGUUAAAGCGAUGGUCUGCUGGAAAAUAUGGCUGCAUCGGAACGAAGUCGUGUGGAAUGAUAAUUGGGGUUCUCCGGAGUUGAUUGUGAAUUCUGUAGCUAGUGAUUUAGUUGCAUGGCAAUGUGCUCAAAAAAAGAUCUGCCAGCAAUUGUCCUCCAGUUUGGGCAAAAAUGAUGGCCUGAUCAUUUUGAGAGCUCUUCCAAGAGGGGACAAUGAUGGUCGGCUGAUCCAAGCAAGAGUUGUUUCGUAUCAAGGCUCUUCCACAGCAAGAAUUGCUGAGCUGAUAGCGAUUAAAGAAGCCUUGAGCUGGUUAAGGGGAAACCAGAAUGUUAUCUUCGACUCUGAUGCAUUGGACGUUAUCAUGGACCUUUGGCUGCCACUAAAAGCCGGGAUUGAUCCGAUUAUUGAUGAGUGUAACUCUCUAUCGAAGCAAUUUAGCAACUGUCGUUUUAUUUUUGUAAGGCGGUCUGCGAAUGGAGAUGCACAUCUGUUAGCGCAAGCCUCUCGUUCUAUGCCAGGCCAGCAGGAAUGGUUUCAUAUCUUUCCAGCUUUUCUUACGCCUGUAAUUGCUUCCGUUAUUGCUUAA